AUGGUAUAUAUAAUAGCUCUAUUUAUGCUUGUAUGCUGUAAUUGUGUAAAAUAUAUGGAAGGCUCUUUUCUGCCCCUAAAUCAAUCACUUAGACCGAUUCAUAAGAUGUCAUUUUUGUAUUAUAGUCAAAAAAACAUGUUGAAGUUAAAUAAAACACAGAUUUUCGCUCCUUUGAAAAAAGAAUACAACACACCUUCCACAGUCUCGAAAUUAUUUUCAGAUUAUCAAAGGAAUCUCCCGAAAAAUCAGGAGAAGAGAAGUUAUAAAGAAGUUUUUAAGGAUGCUAUUGGAGUUUUCAGGGUGAAAACCAAAGUAACACCUCUGGUUUCACUCAUUUCAGUUUCCGGAUAUCUAAUACCUUUCAUGGUAGCAACAAGGAAUUAUGAGCCUCUAUUAUUAUCGUUGUCAUUGCCUAAGUUUGUGGAUGACAUAGUGACUUCAAUGUCAAGUUUGCAUAAGUUUAUCUCGUCGGUUCCGAAUCUGAUGGAACUGAUUCACCUGUGUAUUAAUAAGGUCUUCAUUUCAAAAAACGAACUCGUACAAAACCACUUCAUUAAAUUCAACUACACACAAGGACAUAUAUUAUCAUUAUAUGGAAAUUUAUUGUGUCAUAUAUAUUCUGAUUUCAUAAGUAGUCUUGGCCAGGGGUUUUUAGGCUCAGUUAUAGGCUACACAAUGCUUCUUUCGACCUUCACUCCUCUUCUUUACUGUAUGUUCUGUGCCCUAAUGGGAACCUAUUCACAACUACCCCUCGUAUCACAGGCCGCUCAAGUAAGCGUAGGGUCAGAUAAAUCAUACCCAAUGUAA